AUGGAUGCACAAAAAUCGGAAGAAUAUCUUGCAACAACAGCAAAAUCAAUGGUAUCAUCUAAUAUUCGUCAAGCACGACAACGUAUGGCACGAAACUACCUUCUCUUAUGGGUAGAUACCAGCAUCGAUCAAACAAACGAAGAGUAUGAAAAUAUAUCGAAACAAAUACGAGCUAUUACCGGUGAUGUCAAUGUCUUUACGCAACACGAUGCAUGCAUCGACUUUCUUACAGAUGCUCAAGAAGACAUUAAAUCUUUUCUCAUUGUCAAGGAUACUAUGUCUCAACAAAUAAUGCCUCUCAUUAAUGACAUUCAUCAGCUGGGUGGUGUUUAUAUCUUCGAUGAUAUUAACAUCCUCCAUGAAGAAUGGUCAAAAAAAUGGCAAAAAAUCAAGAGCGUUCAUACCAACAUCGAUGAUCUAUGCCAAGCAUUAAAAAUCGGUAUGAAGCAGUUCAAUCAAGACUCAAUAUCCAUAAGUUUUAUCACAGCAAAUGAAAUGGCUUCGACUACUAAUCUGGAUCAAUUGGAGCCGACAUUUAUGUACACCCAAAUAUUCAAGGAUAUUCUUCUUCAUAUGGAGCACGGUAAACAAGCCAUCAAACACUUUACUGCUUAUUGCCGAAAUAAUAACAGCUUAUCGCCAAUCAAUAUUGAUCGUUUUGAGAAAGAAUACCAUGCUCAAUUAGCUAUUUGGUGGUAUACUUUUCCAUCGAAUAUCUUUCCUGUGCUCAAUUAUGCUCUUCGAACAAUGGACGCCGAGGUAAUUAUUACUAUGGGAUUUUUUCUACGUGAUGUACAUGAACAAAUUCAACAGCUGUAUGAACAACAGGUCAAUAGUUAUGAUGGAAAGUCUUUCAAAGUAUAUCGGGGACAAGGUCUUAUGAAAUCAGACUUCGAAAAACUUCAGAAAACAAAAGGUGGACUACUGUCAUUUAACAAUUUCUUGUCCACCAGUAAAAACGAAGUGGUGUCCCUCGGUUUUGCACACGCUGCUUUAACAGAACCAAAUAAAGUUGGCAUUCUGUUUAUAAUAUCCAUUGAUCCUUCCGUUAAGUCAACACCAUUCGCGUCCGUCGAAGAGCAGAGUUAUUACCAGGGACAAGAAGAAGAAAUUCUCUUCUCAAUGCACACCGUGUUUCGUGUGGGUGCGAUUGAACACAUGAGCAUUGAAAAUCAACUUUACCAAGUUGAAUUACAAUUAACAUCGGAUGAUGAUCAACAAUUACGAUUACUGACUGAUCGAAUACGAGAAGAAACUAGAGGUGUCACUGGAUGGCAAAAAUUGGGUAGCUUGUUACUUAAAAUUGGUCAGUUUAAUAAAGCUGAAGAGCUUUAUAGCGUAUUACUCGAACAGACAUCUGAUGAGGGCGAAAGAGCGCUUUAUUAUAAUCAGCUAGGAUGUGUCAAAGAUGAUCAAAGUGAUUAUGAAAAGGCUACUCGGUACUAUCAACAAGCACUUAAAAUUCUAGAAAAAACUCUUCCCUCUAAUCAUCCUGAUUUGGCUACUUCAUACAACAACAUCGGCAGUGCGUAUGAACACAUGAGAGAGUACUCGAAAGCACUUUCAUACUACGAAAAAGCACUUGAAAUUAAACAAAAAACGCUUCCUUCAAAUCAUUCUUCAAUGGCUACCUUAUACAACAACCUUGGUUUGAUGUAUACCAAUACGGCAGAAUAUUCGAAAGCACUUUCAUAUUACGAAAAGGCACUUGAAAUUUACCAAACAACUCUUCCUUCGAAUCAUCCUGACUUGGCUACCGCAUACAACAACAUCGGUUUCCUGCAUAACCACAUGGGAGAGUACUCGAAAGCACUUUCCUCUUAUGAAAAAGCCCUGGAAAACUAUCAAAAAGCUCUUCCUUCGAAUCAUCCUGAUUUGGCUACUUCAUACAACAACAUCAGUGUGAUGUAUGCCAGCAUGGGAGAGUACUCAAAAGCAUUUUCAUGUCACAAAAAAGCACUUGAAAUUCGAGAAAAAAUUCUUCCUUCGAAUCAUCCUUCAUUGGCUACUUCAUACAACAAUAUCGGGCUGAUGUAUAAUAAGAUAGGAGAGUACUCGAAAGCACUUUCAUCUCACGAACAAGCACUUGAAAUCUAUCAAAAAACUCUUUCCACAAAUCAUUCUGAUUUGGCUACUUUAUACAACAACUUUGGUAGUGCGUAUGACGACAUGGGAGAGUACUCAAAAGCACUUUCAUACUACGAAAAAGCACUUGAAAUUAAAAAAAAAACUCUUCCGUCAAAUCAUCCUUUAUUGGCUACCUCAUACAAUAACAUCGGUUUGUUGUAUAACAAUAUGGGAGAGUAUUCAAAAGCACUUUCUUCUUACGAAAAAGCACUUGAAAUUUUCAAAAACACUGGUCUUUCAAAUCAUCCUUUCGUGGCUACUUCAUACAGUAAUAUCGGUUUAGUGUAUGACAACAUGGGAGAGUACUUGAAAGCACUUUCAUAUUACGAAAACGCACUUGAAAUUGAAAAAAAAACUCUUCCUUCGAAUCAUUCUUCAUUGGCUACUUCAUACAACAACAUUGGUAGUGUGUAUGACCAGAUGGGAGAGUACUCAAAAGCACUUUUAUCUCACGAACAAGCACUUAAAAUUCGACAAGAAACUCUUCUUACGAAUCAUCCUGAUUUGGCGCAGUCGUACAACAAUAUCGGUAGUGUGUAUAACAACAUGGGAGAGUAUUCAAAAGCACUUUCUUCUUACGAAAAAUCACUUGAAAUUCGACAAAAAGCUCUUCCUUUAAAUCAUCCAUUAGUGGCUACUUCAUACAGCAAUAUUGGUUUAGUGUAUGACAAGAUGGAAGAGUACUCGAAAGCACUUUCAUAUUACAAAAGCGCACUUGAAACUCAACAAAAAGCUCUUCCUUCGAAUCAUUCUUCAUUGGCUAUUUCAUACAAUAACAUCGGUAGUGUGUAUGACCACAUGGGAGAGUACUCAAAAGCACUUUCAUCUCACGAACAAGCACUUGAAAUCUUUCAAAAAACUUUUGCUUCAAAUCAUCCUUCAUUGGCUACUUCAUACAACAACAUCGGUAGUGUGUAUAACCACAUGGGAGAGUACUCAACAGCACUUCCUUUAUAUGAAAAAGCGCUUGAAAUUCGAGAAAAAACGCUUCCUUCAAGUCAUCCUUCGUUGGCUACCUCAUACAACGGCAUCGGUUUGGUGUAUGACAACCUAGGAGAGUAUCUAAAAGCACUUUCAUACUACGAGAAAGCAAUUGAAAUUCGAGAAAAUGCUCUUCCUUCAAAUCAUCCUGAUUUGGCUACUUCGUACAGCAACACUGCUAAAUUAUAUAACAAUAUGAAAGACUACGCGAAAUCACUAUCAUAUUAUGAACGUGCUCUAGACAUAUGGCAGCAUGCAUCAUCUGGAGCUGAUCCUCAUCUAAAAAGUGUGCAAGAGUGUAUUGAAAAUGUAAAAGAAAUGUUAAAGAAUAGUUAA